AUGCAAUCUGGUCAGAAAACACUCAGCGAACUGACAAUCGGGGAACUCAAAGGGGAACUAACCAAAAGAGGGUUAGGAACCAUGGGCACGAAGUCAGAACUUUACCUAACACUUGAACAAUACAUUCAGGAAACAGAGGGGGAAAACCCACAAAACUACGUUUUUUACAAAGCGCAACAAAAUCCCCCACAACCACCAACAGCCUGGGUGACGGAAACACAUCCACCCGGAGGCAGCAAAAAUAAGGACCAACAAAUCGAUACAGAACAACAAAAAACCCAGGACAAUAGGAAAACCCAAAAUAAAAACGGGGAAAACCCAACAUCCACAACUAACUUACUAGAGCGGACACUCGCAGAGAUUCUAGACCGACUAGUGAAACUGGAGGCGACAAGCACAAACGAACCGAUUCUAGGAGCAAUGGAAAGCCUGACAGAGCGAAUCAAAAAACUGGAAAAACCCGGAAACGGAAAAAACCCGGAAAAUUUCCAGGAAAGUCAAAACAACGAAACCCAAAGAAACCCCCCGGGGCAACACCAAAAUCGAGGGGAUGAAACCACAACCACCCAAUAUGAUACAAUUAACCAAAAAAAAAAUGGUUACGACACAUAUUCCGAGCCACAGGGGUUUACCGGUUUUAAUAACAGGGAAAAACCCAACGAGUACUCUACACUGUUCCCAACCCAAGGGACAAGUACAAUGGUCACCACAAGUAUCACCAACGUAAUCACAUCAACGACGUGUGCUAACACAAACAGCAGAGAAACAAACCAUCCCAUACCCGGACACUGGGAAAACCAGAACCACCGAGUGGGUUUCUCCAACACGGAGAACACAAUAACCAAUGGCCCAUAUACCGUAACGUACGGGGAAAACCACACACAAAGGGAUAAUACCCACCAAACAAUGAUACGGGACUGGCCGGAGGAGUCGAACCUAUUACCACGCGAAAACCUGCAGGCAGCAAAAGACGCGCUGCCCGAAUACUCGGGGAAAAAAGAAGAGGACCCCACACGCUUCCUGAACACAUCAAGGGACGUGCUCUUAGAAGCAAAAAUACCACGACAACGAUGGGUAAAAGUACUGGCUUCACAACUCAAAGGAGAUGCUGGAACAUGGUGGGGGAGAAUAAGAGCGAUCGACCCCACAUGGGAAGAAUUUCACAGGGAAUUCACCAACAAGUUCAACGGACCACAAGUCAGAGCGAAACUGCAUACAGAAUUGAUGGGGUGGAAACAAUACUAUGGACAACCUACGGGGGACUUUGUAUUACAAAAAAUCCAACUAUUCCGAAGACUGAAUACUGGACUGGACGAGGAGAAUGCAGUGGAGACCAUCAUACAACUAAUGAGACCAGAACAUCAGAACCUAAUAAGGGUGCAAAAACCAAAAACAUUUAUGGAACUCAACGAAGCAACAUACACGGUCACAGACCAAACCCAGACAAAAGGGAAAUCACACUGGGAUAAAACUGAAACCGCAAAACCGGAGUUAAGCACACCACAACAAAACAGGCAAAGAGAAUUCUGGAAUACCACGAAGUCGGGAAACGGGAAAAUGGUCGGGGAAAACCCACCGACCAAAAAAUAA